UACCCUGAACUUGUGAAAUGAUAAACCAAGUGCACUGUGUGUGUCAGAGGCGGAUCUGAGGUGUUGGGUCAGGACUGAAAUCCCACACCGUAUUUUAGUGUUUGCCUGAGCGCGCACAGGCAGCAGCCGCGAUCCAAGCUUCCUGCGUUCCACACCCUGUUUUCCGGGGAGCCUGCGGAGAUCCAGCCCUUCAACACGCUUCUUCUCUUACGUCCCGUCCGUGAGCAGUGAGCUGGCCGCGGCGGAGAUUUCUCCUUCUGCUCGGAUCUAAUCUUUUUUUUUUUCCUCGAACCUCCACCGGCUCAGCUCUCUGUUUUCCCCCAAAGUCGUCUCCUCGGCCUCUCGCUUUUACGCACGGGGGGAAUCUGGCGCAGAUCUCGGGGAGUGGAGUCGGCGGCGCGUCGCUCUCAGCGGUGGUUUUCCUCGUCCUUGCGCUGCGCCUCCGUGGCCAUGGAUUGAUUUCAGUGUUUUCUCUCCGACCUCUCGCCUCGACACAAGUUGAGAAAACAGUGUGCGCGUCUCCGACCUGCGGCUUCAUCCCUGCGGCUCCAUGGUCCACCCGGACCCUUUGAAGAACUACCUGCCUCCGGAUGUUCCUGCGCAUUGUAGCACUUUGAACUUUUAUUUUUGAUACAUUUUGUUUUUUGUGUGUUUUUUUUGUUACGGUGUCGUCCCCUUGUUGCGCAUUUCCCCAGCAGGAGGUGACCCCCGGGAGCUGGGAUAUUUACGGAUUCAUUUUUAUUUUUUACAUUUUGAAAGUGAAGCUUCCUCUGGGCUCCUGAAGCCUGCAAAGAUUCAUUUGUGAAAAGUGAUGGCCGAGCGGGGAGCUCUGCGGCUCCUCUCUCUCCUCUGGCUCACCUUUCUCUGCACGGAGAGCACCGCGGCCAAGCAUGUCGACAAAGGUUCAGCAGCGCAGCCCUUCUCCCCCUUCUGGUUCACGGUGGAGCCCCAGGACACGCUGGCCAUCCGGGGCAACUCGGCCAUGCUCAACUGCUCGGCCCACAGCGACGCGGCCACGCCCACGCGCAUCGAGUGGAAGAAGGACGGCACCUUCAUGAGCCUGGUGUCGGACGAGAGGCGGCACAUCACCCCCGACGGCGUCCUGUUCUUCAACCACGUGGUCCACUCCAAGCACAACAAGCCCGACGAGGGAACCUACCAGUGCGUCGCCACCAUCGACAACCUGGGAUCCAUCUCCAGCCGCACGGCGCGCCUCGCGGUAGCAGGGAUGCCCAGGUUCGCCAGCCAGCCGGCGCCGUCCACCGUGCUUCUGGGGGACAGUCAGGUGAUGGCGUGCGAGGUCAACUCCGACCUGGUGCCCUUCACUCGGUGGGAGAAAGACCGCCAGCCGCUGGAGCUGAGCGCCCGGCUGCUCCUGCUGCCGAGCGGCGCCCUCGUCAUCAACAACGCCUCGGAGGCCGACGCUGGCCUCUACCGCUGUCAGGUGGAGAACGUGGGGUCGUCCAAGACCAGCGACGAGGCCCAGCUCCGGGUUCUGCCAGAAACUGAAGAUGAGCGGAAGCCGGAGUUCCUGGUGCAGCCGGCGGCGGUGAUCAAGGCGCUGGGCCUCAGCGUGCUGCUGCCCUGCGUGGUCUCUGGUUUCCCUGCGCCCACUGUCCGCUGGAUGCUGGGAGACAAGCUGCUGCAGGAAAGCGAGGGUCGCCUGGAGCUCCUGGCGGGAGGCAGUCUCCAGAUCUUCAAUCUCACAGAGGAGGACGCCGGCGUCUACACCUGCAUGGCGGACAAUUCCAACGGCACCAUCGAGGCCCAGGCCCAACUCACAAUACAAGUUCCUCCCCAGUUCAUCAAGCGGCCGGCCAACAUUUACGCCCACGAGUCCAUGGACAUCGUGUUCGAGUGCGAGGUCUCGGGGUCGCCAGCUCCCACCGUCAAAUGGGUGAAGAACGGAGACGCUGUGAUCCCCAGUGACUACUUCAAAAUAGUUAAGGAGCACAACCUGCAGGUUCUGGGUCUGGUCAAGUCGGAUGAGGGUUUUUACCAGUGCCUCGCAGAAAACGAUGCUGGUAACAUCCAGUCCAGCGCCCAGCUCGUCAUCCUGGAUCACGAUGUAUCCCUGCCCUCUUUUCCUCCCCCUUCACUGACUCCUAACACUACUGACCAUGUAACGCCAGGCUCCGGAGGCGUAGCCGCUCCAGCAGGGCCCACGCCCUCCGCCCCUCGGGACGUCGUGGCCUCGCUGGUCUCCACCCGCUUCAUCAAGCUGACCUGGCGCCAGCCGGCAGAGCCGCACGGAGACGAGUUAACCUACUCGGUGUUCUACAGCCUGGAAGGCACCAGCAGGGAGCGCGUGGUGAACACCAGCCGCCCGGGGGAGAUGCAGGUCACCAUCCAGAGCCUCAUGCCCGACACCAAGUAUCGCUUCAGGGUCGUGGCGCACAACGGCAACGGCCCGGGGGAGAGCUCUGCAGCGCUCAAAGUGGCCACCCAGGCUGAAGUCCAAGUUCCCGGCCCUGCUCCCAACCUGCAGGCGGUGCCCAACUCGCCGACCUCCGUGGCCCUGAGCUGGGACAAACCUCUCACCGGCAACGGAGAGCUCCUCACCUACAAGCUGUACUACAUCGACAAAAGCUUCGGCAGUGAACAGGACGUUGACAUCGAUGGUCAGUCCUACACCAUGAACGGCCUGAAGAAGAACAACGAGUACAGUUUCCGUGUGGUCGCCAACAACAAGCACGGCCCCGGCGUCUCCACGGAGGACAUCACCGUUCGAACCCUGUCUGACGUUCCAAGCGCUCCUCCUCAGAACCUCACUCUGGAGGUGCAGAACUCAAAGAGCAUCAUGCUGCGCUGGCAGCCGCCGCCCCUCAGCGGCCAGAACGGGGAGAUCACCGGCUACAAGAUCCGCUACCGCAAAGGGUCGCGGAGGAGCGAGGCCGCCGAGACCACCGGAGGCACCCAGCUCAGCAAGCUCAUCGAUGGUCUGGAGCGCGGGACGGAGUACUCCUUCAGGGUGUCGGCCGUGACGGUGAACGGCACCGGGCCGGCCACCGACUGGACGGCCACGGAGACGUUUGAGAGCGACCUGGAUGAAUCCCGAGUGCCGGACCAGCCCAGUUCCCUCCACGUGCGGCCGCUGAUCAACAGCAUCGUGGUGAGCUGGACGCCGCCGGAGAACCAGGACAUCGUGGUUCGAGGUUACUCCAUCGGCUACGGCAUCGGCAGUCCCCACGCUCAGACCAUCAAGGUGGAUUACAAGCAGCGCUACUACACCAUCGAGAACCUCGACGCCAGCUCCCACUACGUGAUCACACUCAAGGCCUACAACAAUGUGGGCGAGGGCAUUCCUGUGUACGAGAGCGCCAUCACCAGGCCACAGUCAGUACCCGACCCCUCCCCCAUGAUGCCGCCCGUGGGUGUUCAGGCCUCGGUGCUGAGCCACGACACCAUCAAGGUGACCUGGGCCGACAACUCGCUGCCCAAGAACCAGAAGAUCACGGACAACCGCUUCUACACGGUGCGAUGGAAGACCAACAUCCCUGCCAACACCAAAGUGAAGAUGGCCAACACCACCAGCCUGAACCACAUGGUGACGGGUCUGAAGCCCAACACGCUGUACGAGUUCUCCGUCAUGGUGACCAAGGGCCGCCGCACCAGCACCUGGAGCAUGACCGCGCAGGGCACGACCUUUGAGACCAUUCCCAGCUCGUCUCCGAAGGACGUGACCGUGGUGAGCAAGGAGAACAAGCCUCGCACCAUCAUCGUCAACUGGCAGCCGCCCUCCGAGGCCAACGGGAAGAUCACCGGCUACAUCAUCUACUACAGUACGGAUGUGAACGCCGAGGUCCACGACUGGGUCAUCGAGCCGGUGGUGGGAAACCGCCUGACGCACCAGAUCCAGGACCUGACGCUGGACACCACCUACUACUUCAAGAUCCAGGCCCGCAACUCCAAGGGCAUGGGCCCCAUGUCGGAGGCCGUCAACUUCCGCACGCCAAAGACUGAGUCCUCUGACAAAAUGGCUAAUGACCAAGCCUCCAAUCUCCCACCGAAGCAGGGACCAUCAGGCAACCAGGACCCACAAGGCCCGGGGACGUCAGUUGGUAAAUCAGGGGUGGGAAGCAACAGCGAGAAUCACAUCGUGGUCAUCAUCAUCAUCAUCUCGGUGGGAGCCUUCACCAUCAUAGUGGUGGUGGUCGGCGCCUUCCUGUGCACACGGCGCACCACGUCCCACCAGAAAAAAAAGCGAGCCGCCUCCAAGGCCUCAAACGGCUCCCACAAGUACAAGGGAAACGCCAAAGACCUGAAGCCGCCCGACCUCUGGAUUCACCACGAGAGGCUGGAGCUCAAACCCAUGGACAAGUCGCCGGACCCCAACCCGGUCAUGACCGAGACGCCCAUCCCCCGCACCUCGCAGGACAUCACGCCGGCUGACAGCAACCUGGAGAACAACCCCCACCUGCAGCAGAGGCGCAACUCCUACCGCGGCCACGAGUCAGAGGACAGCAUGUCUACACUAGCAGGUCGACGGGGGAUGAGGCCUAAAAUGAUGAUGCCUUUUGAUGCACAGCCCCCUCAGCCUGUGAUUAGUGCUCACCCCAUCCAUUCCCUCGAUAACCAUCACCACCAUUAUCACAUGGGCAGCCUGGCGUCGCCGACACGGAGCUACCUCUACCACCAGGGUAGCGGCCACUCACGUCCGCACGCCUGCGCCUCCCCCAUCUCCCAUCUAGACAGGGUGGACUCUGCAGAGUCGGUCAGGAACACCCCCAGUUCAGAGCCCCUCCCUCCGGCCGCCGCCUCCUCCCAGACCUCCUGCCCCUCGGAGAUCAUGGCUGACCCCGAGGGCAGCUACCACGGCUCCUCCACCACCGAGGAGGAGCCCAGCUACUCCAGCAACCUGCCCCCCCACCGCUCGGCCCACCCGCACGCCCACGCCCACCCGCUCAAGAGCUUCGCUGUCCCAGCAAUCCCAGCCGGCAGCUACCCGUCGUACGAGUCGUCCGCCCUGCCCAGCACGCCCCUGCUCGCCCAGUCCGGGCCGCCCACUCACCCCCACGUUGUGAAAACUGCCUCCAUUGGAACACUAGGAAGGACACGAGCACCGGUGGUGGUCAUCGUGCCCAAUGCCCCCGACGUCCCAGAGACCAGCAAGAUGUUGGAAGAUGUAGACAGCUCCCAUUGAUCCAUCCCCGAGCUCGCCUCACCCCACCCAUUCCCCUGCCCUCUGCGAAAGAUCCCUGACUGACCCUCUCCUCCUUUCGUUUCCUCUCCUCUCUUCUCCCCCCUCUCCCCGCUUCCAGGUGCUUGCCUCCCUCCCCCCCUGCCCCUCUCCCGCCCCUCGCAGUAACCCUGUUCCUCUCCCUCAGAACUACGAGCCCGACGAGCUGACCGAGGAGAUGGCCCACCUCGAGGGCCUGAUGAAGGAUCUGAACGCCAUCACCACAGCGCCAUGAGCACGCACACACACGCAGAAACACAGCUCUCUCCGUCAUCCACACACACACACACGCACACACAAACAAACACAUACAGAAAGACACACACACACACAUACACACACACUCCUAGGUCAAACAAACGCAAUCGAACACAAACCUUUUGAGCCAGAUGCUGGUGGACACAAAAUGGCUUCUUGUGCCCGAGAGAACUCUCACAUCCCCCUGCAGAGAAGAAGAAAACUCCAGACUGAAACUCAGAAACUGUUUUUGGCUCACGUUGCUCGGUCUCAGGAGAUUGCCAUGAGAGGGAGAAAAAAAAAGUGAGACGCUUCAUCUUUUUAAUGAAGAACCAUUCUCAGAGACAAUGAACACUAAAAACAUUGGUCGCUCUCAACCGGAAGAUUGUGAAUUUUUUCCUCAGCGAAGACGCGUACGGUAGGUUUUUCUCUGCGGCGGACGAGACAAGGGUUGAUUCAGUGUCAAAGUGAAAUGGAGAAAGUCCCAAAAAUAUGCUGGUUUCGAUGUCGGUGCUCAUGCGGGCGCAGUCUACACACAGUGUUUGUUUGAUCCGUGUUUUCUUUGUGCAUUUUGUAUAACUAUUGGGCCGUUUCAGUGACGUGAACAUUGGAUAUCAGCCUCCUUUUACAAGCCGACAUUACUCAUAAACCUUUUCCUGUUUUUACCCCUCGUGUCAUAUAUUGUGCCAUGACUUUCUAUUAUUAUUUUCUAUGUUAUUAUAUUAUUUUUUUUACACACAUAUCCUUAUAAACAUGUACAUAUGUUGUUUUUUUUGUUUUUUAAAACUGCCUCAUCCUUUUUUUUUUAUGUUUCCCAUUGUUCCAUCAUUAUUAUUAUUAUUUUUAUUUGGAAUGAAAGUGGGAUUAUAAAUGAGUCCUCCUCUGGCAUUGUGUUGCCCCCCCCAUCCCCCCUUUGUACAUUACAAUGUCGUUUUUGUUCCAGUCUUUUGUUUGUUGUGGGAGCUCCGUUUUAAAAGCCUUACCAACGUGUUUGUGUGUCGGACGGUCGGGACAACUUGUACAAGUCGAGGGACUUGACAGUAUCUCCUCACAGGUCUGAAGUACCUAAGACUCAGGGCACUGACCCCCCCCACCCCUCACCCCACCCCUCCUAAAAACACAUAAAUGAAAAACAUCCCAUGGCACCUGCUUAAUCAAUCAAUCACCCGCAUUAGACCAGUUAUCUUUUAUACGAAGCGUUCGAUCAGACGUGUGUGUGUGUGUCAUUUCCAAAAGCCAAUAUUUGGUUCCAGAGAUCCGAGCUGCUGAACCCAGUGUGUUUGUUGGUUUUCUCCCCUGCUGUCCAUCAUCCGACGCCACACCCUGGUUCUCUCACAAACCUUAUACGAUGCAAAGAUGUUGAUGCCUUUUGAAUGGGACUCCCAGAAUCUUUUUUUUUUUACAUGGUAGUUUUUGUAUGAAGAGGGAAAAAAAGAAGCUUGUUCUACACACAAAUCCAAUGUAAAAAGGAAAAAAAAUGUUCAUCUAGGAAACUAGUUUUUCAUUACCCUCUUACCCAAAGAAAUUUGUCAUUUGCAAUCAUAGUAAUUUGCUCUACUUUUUGUGAAUAUCAUGUUUCUCAUAAAUGUGCAUCAUCAUGAAUGUCAAUAUAACUGUAAGAGAUUUUAACUAUGGAUACAAACAAGGAACAAGUUUUUUUUGGUGAAAAAAAAAAAGAAGAUUGAAAACAAAGAGGGGAGGAAAAAGGACCGGACUCCAUUUGGGAAAUAAUCUAUUGAGUUGUAAACAGUUGAACCUGUAUUGCACUUUUUCACAAUUUUGAAAAGUACAUUUCUUACAUAUCUUGUGUUUUAAAUAUCAGAAGCUGUUUGUGUAACGUAGUGUCCUAGGUAAGCAGCAGGCAGCUGGUCUUGUUUUUUAUGUUUAUUAUUUUUUUCUGCUUCAGAGAUGAUAUGAAUUUGAGCAGCCGGGUUGUUUACUUUGUGGCUCAUGAGGAAUUCUGUUGUUGCUUGUUCAUGUACAGAGCUUUCUUUGCUUUCUGUAGAAAAAAAGAUCUGUGGCUUUUUAAAAAAUGUUGGAAAAAAAAAAAGGUUUGGAAAAAAAGAUGUUUUUUUAUUGGUGCUCCUAUACAUUGUGUAUACAAACUAUUAUGAAUACUAACAAAGUAAAUGAU